AUGGCCCACGACGCCGAUGACGGCGACGUCGUUCGCCUCAACGCGCUGCUCUCUAAAUGGCGAGAACCGAAGAUGCAGCGCGUCUUGCCGCGUCUCGUCAUCCCCGACGCGACGAACAGGGCGAACAGCGGCGUCUCGCUUGAACACGCCCACGGCAUCGCGAUGUCGAUUUGCGAGGAUGGAUUCAACGAAAACCACGACGUUCCGGUCGUCGUGCGCGAACGGGCGCGAGAUAUGCUGAAAUCAGACGCGUAUCGACGGUGGGAGGCGUUCUCGCGGGCGAACGCGCGCGUGCUCCCGGAGGUGUCGGCGCGAACGUGGGCGUCGCGGCGGUGGGCUUACGCCACGCUCGGGUCGUCGCACUUAAAUUUGGCGCUCAAGUUGAUCGAGUACGACGUGCCGAGCGUGUUCGAGCGACGAUGGGAACGAUCGAGGAGAAUUCGUUACGGCGACGCGCUGACGCGAGACGCCGGGCUGAGAGAGGCGAUCGUGAAUGGGUUGCCGAGCGUGGUGCUGAGGUCCGAGACGCCUCCAGAGGCGCGAAGGGAGAUUUCUUUGAUGUUGAACCGCGCCGAAGACGUCGGUUUUCGCAUCAAUGAGCGCGGGGAAGCGGUACGCGUGCGAGAUGGCGGCGACGAAAUCAAGGAACUCACCGUGUUCGAGGCGUUGUCGCGAACUUUAGACUCUGAAGAGUUGUCGUCGCUCGCGAGGAUCAAGUACGGUUUGGAUUUAGACGACGCCGAGGCGGGAUACGUCGCCGACGCCGCGGCGAACACCGCAUCUCUUAGAUCAAGAUUAUAG